AUGCGGCGGCAUCUUUUAACGACUAUUACUUUCUCAUUUUGUAUUCUACGUCUUACAAACGCCUUGUCACUUGCAAACUUCCAAUUGGUCUCACCGACUGCAGUCUCAUUGGGUUGUUUUGUGGAAUAUAAUACUUUGAUCCAAGACUGCAAAUUAUCAGACUUCAACGACGGGUGUUCCCUGGACUGCCAAUCAGGCUUAACAUCAAAAGCUACAUGUGUUAAUAAUGCUUGUUCGAAUGAUAAUGUAGCUCCCAAUACAUUAUUAGGAAUCGUCAAAGGUGGUGGGAUCAUUGCAGCUUUAUGUCCGAAUAUCAAAAGCUCUACUACGAAAUCAACAUCAACCUCGACUACAGCUGAGACGAAAACCUCGACGACGAGUGUGAGUACUACAUCGUCGAGUUCGCAAUCGACUUCAACUUCAACUUCAAUUCCAACUCCGACUUCGACUUCAUCCCAAAGCUCUAGUUUUACUGCUGCUACAACGACAUUUUCUACGCUUCCUACGAUGACCCAGUCUACGAUUGGGCAGACCUCGAGCUCCUCUCAAAUUUCGAAUACUCAGACAUCAUCAUCAUCAUCAUCAUCAUCAUCAUCAUCAUCAUCAUCAUCAUCAUCAUCAUCAUCAUCAUCAUCAUCAUCAUCAUCAUCAUCAUCAUCAUCGUCUACUUCAUCAAAACCAACCACAUCUAAUUCCUCAGAAUCAACAUCUACUUCUUCCAAUACGAAUACGAAUACAGACACAAGCACUAGCACAACACUGACCACUACACAAACACAACCCUCUACUUCCACAUCUACAAAAACUACAGCAACAACAUCUAAGUCAACAACGACAACAACCGCAGCAUCGAAUAAUGGGAAUGGGAAUGGGAUUAGCGGGGGUGGAAGCCCGUUUGAUAUCGAUGCAAACAGUGGUAGUUUGCCAACCGAUUUCGGUAAACUAUCACAAAGAUGGAUAGCGGGCGUGGUGUUGAUUCAUGGAGGAUUGGGUGUAUGGUUUCUUGUUUGA